AUUUUGUCUGAGGUUAUGUGAAGAGACGAAGGCCUUGCCUGCGUUUACCGUGAUAAGUUCACGAUGUAUAGCGGAGCUAAGGGAAAGAAAAGCCGGAGCACCAGCAGCGGGAAAUCGGCGGCAGUGGCAGAGCUUUUGGUUUUCGGUUACGCCUGCAAACUCUUCCGGGAUGAUGAGAAAGCCUUGUACCAUGAGCAGGGGAGACACCUUAUACCGUGGAUGGGAGAUUCCCAGAUCAUGAUUGAUAGCCAUUUGGCUAUGGGUCGAGCCUAGCCAUGAUUUUACCACCAGGAGAUCUACGUUUCUGUGGUGAAGAUCUCUGAUGAGAGAUGCGGACCAGCAGAAAGAAGCCAGAAAAUUUCGAGCGUUUGGGUCUUGCGGAUAGGUAUGAUGGACGGGGUCACUUACAUGACCUCUCCGAAUAUGAUGCAGAACACAAUUCCUGGAACAGAAACUAUAAUCUAUCUGAAGAAGAGGCUCGUAUAGAGGCACUUUGUGAUGAAGAGAGGUAUUUAGCGUUGCAUACGGACUUGCUUGAAGAGGAAGCAAGGCAAGAGGAAGAAUAUAAGCGGUUAAGUGAAGCUUUGGCUGAGGAUGGUACCUACAACACUGUGGGCUUUCAGUAUAGUGAUUAUUAUGACCCUUCACAGCCCACUGAAGAAGAGGAACCACAAAAGGACAAAGAUGACAAAGAAUUAAGUGAUCCUGAAGAUAAUGAGGAACCAUUCAUUGCACCAGAAGGGCUGAAUGUUCCAUCAGAUGUUGAGCUGCCACCAACAGCAAAAAUGCAUGCUAUUAUAGAGAGGACCGCAAACUUUGUAUGCAAACAAGGUGCUCAGUUUGAAAUCAUGCUUAAAGCCAAACAAGCCCGGAACUCACAAUUUGACUUCUUGCGAUUUGACCACUAUCUGAACCCUUACUACAAGCACAUACAAAAAGCUAUGAAGGAGGGGCGAUAUAUUCCGCAAACUGGAAAAACAAAUGAGGAGAAGAAAAAAUUCUUGCCAAGCACAGAAGAAAACGAUGAUGAGGAUGAUGAUGAUGAUGAUGAGGGAAGUGAUUACCUUCAUCCAAGUCUUUUUGCUUCCAAACGCUGCAGUAGACUUGAAGAACUCACAAAGCCAUUAAAAGUGAUUGAUCCAGACCACCCACUUGCAGCUCUUGUGAGAAAAGCUCAGAAUGAGAGAAAGGCUUUGCAACAGACUGACAAUAUUGGACCUCCUCUCGCUACCCAGACUGAAAGCGCAACAGAGUCAACUGUAUCAUCUACAUUUUACAAUUACUACAUGUUGCCAGAUGGAACAUACUGUCUUGCAUCACAAGCCCCAGGAAUGGAGGUUAAUAAUUGCUACAGUUCAGUUAUAGCAGGUGCGGCUGCAACAGCAGGAGCCAUAGUAACUCCACAGUCCAACACCACUACACCACCUUCUGAAGUCAGUUGUGGCACUAAUAAUAAAGGAGCUGAAGAUUCUUCAUCAGCAAGUGCACUUACUCCUGUGGUUGCCAUCAUUCCUCCACCACCUGAUAUCCAGCCGGUUAUUGACAAGCUUGCCCAAUAUGUUGCUCGAAAUGGAAUUAAGUUUGAAACAAGUGUUCGAGCAAAGAAUGAUGCAAGGUUUGAUUUCCUGCAGCCCUGGCAUCAAUAUAACCCAUAUUAUGAAUUUAAGAAACACUUUUUCAUGCAGAAAGAAGGUCUUCUUAAUGUCCACCCUACUCCAGAGGUUGAUACAAAUCAAAGCUUUAGCGAAGUAAAGAGCGAAUCCCUUUUGAGCACUGAUCCUGCAGUGAAUGAUGGAAAUGACAGCUUUAAAGGUGAUGCAGCUGCCAGUAAGCCUGUCAGUGAUGGGAAGCUCAUGAAAGUCUCUUUUGCACCCAUAAGUUUUGCUAUAAAAGUAAAGGAAACCGACCUGCUACCACUUGAGAAAAACAGAGUUAAAUUAGAUGAUGACAGUGAAGAGGAAGAAGAAGGUGACAUACAAAAAGAUGGGCACCAAAGCAAAGCAAGUGGUUCAUCAAGCAGUAGCCAAAUCCUUGGUACUGGGCCAUCCAUGGCAGAAGAAAAGAGACCUCAGCUAACUCCAGAGGAACUUGAAGCAAAACAAGCAAAGCAAAAGCUGGAAGACAGAUUGGCAGCAGCAGCUAGAGAAAAACUGGCUCAAGCAGCAAAGGAAUCAAAAGAGAAGCAACUGCAGGCUGAACGUAAAAGGAAAGCUGCAUUAUUCUUACAAACAUUAAAGAAUCCAUUAGAAGCAGAAUUGGGAAGAAUAGAGGAGAGUCACUUCAGCUCAGAGGUUGUUAACAGCAUGACCUGUGAUCUGUUACCAGAAGACAGAAUAAUACCGACAUCCGAGUAUCCUGUCACUGAAAGGUCACCGUGCAGAGAAUUCCCCAGGGAAGAGAGAGAAAAAAAGAAGAAAAAACGAAAAAAACACUCCAGGUCAAGAUCACGCUCUCCAAAACACCAUUAUGAAUCAAAGUCUAAGUCACGAUCUCAUGACAAAGUAAAACAUUCCCUUCCCACUGCCUACAGAACAGUUAGACGAUCUAGAUCAAGAUCCCCACGAAAACCUUCUCAGUCUGGGGAAAAGCGGAGAGAAGAAGAGAAAGAUAGAGGUGUUCCAAGUGCUUACCGUUUUGGCCAUAGCCCAGGCAACAGCAGAAAGCGUACCCGGUCACGCAGCCCACCUGAAAACAGAAAGAAAAGGCAUUCAAGACCGAAAGCGAGGUCUCGAUCCAACUCGCCAAACAUGCAAGGAUCAAACGUUAGCACUGUGCAUUCAACUAGUAUCUCUCCUGUGGAGAGCAGGGGCUCCAGCCAAGAGCGCUACAGGGGAGGAUCUCAGGACAAGGAUGGCCACAUAGAGUCAGAAAUUGUUUCUUCGGUGCAGAGCAAAAUAACUCAGGAUCUCAUGGCUAAAGUGAGGGCAAUGCUUGCCGCCUCAAAAAAUAUGCGCAACGACUCUUCCUGAGACCUCUUGGCAUGUGAAUUACCACCAGAAGUCUGCAAUUAAACCAGGGAGACUGCUGCCUGUCAGCAUGGAUGGAAUCGUCUGACUGCCCCCUUUUUAUACACUGCUCACAGUUUAUUCAACUUGAUUUCCUUAGGGAAAAACUAAUCUGUGUUUGGUCAAUUUUUCAUUGACUUUUUCCAGUUCCUGUAAACAUUGACCAGCAGUUUGCAUUCUGUAUAUUUGUAUAUAUUCAAUUCCUGUUUCACUGUGCUUCAAAUAAAAUCAAUACAAAAGCUGA